AUGGGGGCUGCGGAUGCUGUGCCAGUCAAGGCCAAGGAAGAGCGCGCAAUGGAUACGAUAGACCUUGGCGGGGAGUCGGUGUAUAGUUAUCCUUUGCAGGUUGGAGUCUUGUCCCUUGGCUGCCCGGAGUUCAAUCAAACUUUCACCCGAGGCGAUGGUGUUAGUAUCAAUGCAACGUUCAUCAACAGUCAGAUUUUCACCGCCGAUAUGGCUUCCUCGUAUUCGUUCGGUCUUCUAGAGAAUGGUAAUUCUUCCUUACAUCAGGGGACUACGGUGGAGGCUAGUCCCGGGGAUCCAUAUAUCUAUCUCCCCAAGAGUUCCUGUGAUGCAAUUACUUCGGAGCUCCCAACUACAUACGACUCGGACCUUGUAUUAUACCUCUGGAACACCUUCGACCCUCGAUAUGCACAAAUAAUCAGCUCACCCUCUUAUCUGAGCUUCGAAUUCAACAAAGAUAGCCUGAACAGUGCCAACAUUACAAUCAAGGUCCCAUUUGCGUUGUUGAAUCUAACUCUCGAAGCACCUCUUGUUAAGAGCCCAAAGCUUUAUUUUCCCUGCAUGGGGACUGACAGUACACCGGCUCUGGGUCGCACUUUCCUUCAGGCUGCUUUUAUGGCCGCGAAUUGGAGUUGGGGUGGCCGCAUUGGGAAUUGGAUUCUCGCACAGGCACCGGGCCCGAAUUAUCUCACGACCAACAAAUUAACCAAUAUCAUGGAAAAGGACAUGACAAUUCCCGGGACAACAAAUAGCUGGGAAGAAACUUGGGCCAACUAUUGGACUCCGAUCCCCAUAACCUCGAGCUCUGCUACCCCUAUUCCAACGCCAUCUGUGGAAAGUGACGCGAGUAACGACAAUGGUACUUCCACCGGGGCUGUGGUCGGGAUUGCAGUUGGCUGUGCGGCAGUCGGCGUGUUCCUGGGUGUACUGGCAUGGUUGUUCAUCACGAGGCGCCAGCGGCGCAAUGCGAUGGAAGAGCUAAACCAAAUGGCAGAGCUGUACCCAGGGAUCCGUGCCAAAGAUGGAGGAGUGUACGAACUGAACGCACGCCGGGGACCCUACGAACUAGGAAUCCGCCAUCCUCCCUGCGAGCUAGCCGGGCCUGAUCAUUGA